AUGCUAAAGAACUAUAGAGGCACAAAUAAUAGAACAAGCACAGUCCAUAUCUUGCAAGUCUUACGUUAUCCUUUAAGCCUCCUUCGCCUAACAUAAUUUUUUUUUUCCAACUAAUGACGCUUAAUUUCAUUUCUCAUCAGAUCCUCGGAGGGGAUUAUUCAUUCGUAUAAAACAAUCCGCGGCAAAGUCUCCCCUCCUAUAUGGGCGAAAGUCAUGUAUUAUUGAGAGGGGCGAAGAGCAGGGCCGUGCGCGCGUGGAAAUGCGUGGAAGUGUGCGGAUUUGAAGUGGAAUUGGGAGCAAUCGAUCCCGGCUGCAUGAGGAGGAGUUAUUGCUGAUGGUUACAAUAGAAGGCGCGAUGUCUUUCUCCCAGUUUGGAUAUCCUUACAAUGCAAGUUCACAGUUUUUCGUGUCGGCAAACCCCAGUACGACUUGCUGCGAUUCGAUUUCCAGGUCGGUGCCGCCCGAAGGCUCCACCGGAGGAGCUCAGACGCCCGCAGCCGUAGCGGCGGCCGCCACAGCCGCCGCCGCAACCUUCUGCUGUCCCGCGCCUUACGAGAACCGGCUGCUGGCCGGGAGCCGCAGCGAGCUCAAUGCGGCUGCUCUGGGGGUGUACGGCUCCCCCUACGCGGCGGCGGCUGCAGCCAGCCAGAACUACGCCAACUACUUCCCCUAUGGAACCGAACCCUCCGCCGCUAUCUACUCCUCUCUGAAUCCACAGUACGACAUGAAGGAGACCGCAGGCACUUUACACUCGGGAAUCAGUCAAACGGCCGCGUACUAUCCCUACGAUUCAUCGCUGGGCCAGUAUCAAUAUGACAGAUACGGGACGAUGGAUUUUAACAGCACGGCCAGGCGGAAGAACGCCACCCGAGAGACCACCAGCACCUUGAAAACGUGGCUCUAUGAGCACCGCAAGAACCCGUACCCCACCAAGGGGGAGAAAAUCAUGCUGGCUAUCAUCACCAAGAUGACCCUCACCCAGGUUUCCACUUGGUUUGCCAACGCUCGGCGGAGGCUCAAGAAGGAGAACAAGAUGACGUGGUCGCCCAAAAACAAGGCCGGCGAUGACAAGAAGGACGACAUCAGCAAGAGCGACCAUGACUGUCUCACCAAAGAUUCAAAUGAGUGCAAGGAAGAGAAAGAUUUACAUCUAAGCGAUUUGGAGGACAUGGACGAGUGCGACAAGCUGGAUGGCGAAUGCGAAAAGGGAGUCCCGGACGAGGCUGUGGCACUUUCCAUUUCACCCCACAAAAGAGACUGCACCUCCGAGCUUCACUUGAAUGUGUCCAACAGCUUCCACCACGCCUUCCCCUGCGCCAUCAAACCACCACUCCCUCCUCUUCCUGCCGACUUCCUCGAUCCCGUGGCGUCCAAGACCCCGUCCACCACAGGAACCUUAACUCUGUCUCACUUUGAAGCGUCGGACAAGCCUCGGAUUUGGUCCUUGGCUCGUACGGCGGCGGCGGGGAUCAUUCUGAGCCCGCAGCACGCCUCCGAGCUCAGGACGAGCAACUCGAGCGGGGACUGCCAGCUCCAAAGGUUAGCGGGCGCCCCCGCUGUUCCCGGAGGACAAUGCGGGCUCAUGAGAGGCCUCCAGGAAGCAAAUAGUGUCUCCGGUGCUGUGACCCCUUUUCCUGAGGGCCCCCCUUUGCACUCCAAAAUCUAUGGCCCAGGCAGCUUCAAUCACAAAGGCCUCCAGCUGCACGGUCCGUCCUACGCUGCCCUCACAGACACAUGCCAAUAUUCCACAACUGAAGGAUUCUCCGGCGCCAAAGCAGCGGAGGCGUCGUCAGACCUCAGCCAAGCGUGUGUGAUCUUGCAGGACGACAAGGUCACUGCAUUCAGGCCUGUGAUGAAGAGGUGAAUGGAGGCCGUACGACAAAUAGGAGGGUAAUUAUGCACUAAUGGGCGUAAAGGCCUCAGUGGGACAAUUAUGAGCGCUGCGUGUUGUAGUCGGAGCAAACAAACUGUGGAACAUUUUGCACAACUUUUUGUUUUUUAUAUGGUGGUGAAGACUUUAUGCAAAAAUCAUACAUGUAAAAUUGUAUGGAAAUUUGUUUGUAGCAAUCUUGUCUCAUUGCGAACUAAUUUAUUUAUUUAUUUGUUUUUCAUUGAUUAUUCUGUGUCCCCUUUAAAUGUUCUUUUAAGAAAUGUGUAUUGU